AUGUUCUCCUUCGCCACUCUCAGCACUCUCCUUUUCGCCGGUGCCGCGAUCGCUGCUCCCAGUGUUCCCUCUGUCACUGUUCAGGCAGAGGAUGCCGAGGCCAGCGCUGCUCUUGCGGCUCAGACGGCCGAGAAGGUCGCCGCUCUCCGUAACGCGCCGACGUACAUCGACCGUCUCAAGCUUCUCGAGGACAAGGACUUCGUCUUCGACUUCAAGAACCCGCCUACCACCGACGGUGUUACGCGCGGCGCAGGUGGAACCACGGUCAACGGUAUCCCUACCAACUUCCCUGCCAUCACCGGCACGGGUGUGUCCAUGACCGUCGGUUUCCUCAACCCGUGCGCGAUCAACAGCCCGCACGUCCACCCUCGCGCCUCGGAGAUCAACUUCUCGAUCAACACCACCCUCCAGGCAGGCUUCCUCCUCGAGAACGGCGAUUCCUUCCAUCUCGUCGACAUCCCGGCUGGCUCUGCCGUCGCUAUCCCGCAGGGCGCUAUUCACUUCGAGAUGAACCCCUCAUGCGAAGCCGCCAUGUUCGUCGCCGGCUUCAACAACGAGGACCCGGGUGUCACCUCGAUCGCUCAGCGCUUCUUCGGUCUUCCCCCGACGGUUGUCGGUGCAGCCCUCGGCGGCCUCGGCGUCGUCGAAGUCUCCGAGCUCGCCUACCUCAUCCCGGACAACGUCAUUCAAGGUGUUGACGAGUGCCUCGCCCGCUGCGGUCUCGAGCCCACCAAGCAGACCACGGCCGAGCAACAGCCGCGCAUCUCCGCCAACGCCUACCCCGAGGGCGCGCUCGAGUCUGCCACUGAGGCUCUCGCUGCUGCGAACACCGGCGUCGCGACCGCGAUCAUCCAGCAGACCGCUGCUACCGCGACUGCCGAUGCCGCUUCCUCGUCUGCGGCUCCGUCCGCGACCUCGACGUCUGCGUGGAAACGCAACGCGUACCCUCAGCCCACUGUCUUCCCGGCAUUCUGA